AAACCGCGCCCGUGUUGUCAGUGCAGCCGCUCUGUUCGACGCAUUACAGUCGUACUAAGAGGGAUCUUCCACUCCAUUUAUUUUAAAAACCAUAUUUUUAACACUUGUUUCAAUUUAACUUAACCACUUAUCAUCCAAAAUGCGUGAGUGUAUUUCCGUCCACGUUGGUCAAGCUGGAGUCCAAAUUGGUAACGCCUGCUGGGAGUUGUACUGUCUGGAACAUGGCAUCCAGCCAGAUGGUCAGAUGCCAUCAGACAAGACCAUUGGAGGUGGUGAUGACUCAUUCAACACCUUCUUCAGUGAGACUGGUGCUGGCAAACAUGUGCCAAGAGCUGUCUUUGUUGAUCUGGAACCCACUGUUGUUGAUGAGGUCCGAACUGGCACCUACAGACAGCUUUUCCACCCAGAGCAGUUGAUCACAGGUAAAGAAGAUGCCGCCAACAACUAUGCCCGUGGUCACUACACCAUUGGUAAGGAGAUUGUCGACCUUGUCCUUGACCGCAUCAGAAAAUUGGCUGAUCAGUGCACUGGUCUUCAGGGAUUCCUCAUCUUCCACAGUUUUGGUGGAGGCACUGGCUCUGGCUUUGCAUCUCUGUUGAUGGAACGUCUGUCUGUUGACUAUGGCAAGAAAUCCAAACUUGAGUUUGCUAUUUAUCCAGCUCCUCAGAUCUCCACAGCUGUUGUUGAACCCUACAACUCCAUCCUAACCACACACACCACUCUAGAACACUCUGACUGUGCCUUCAUGGUCGACAAUGAAGCCAUUUACGAUAUCUGCCGUCGUAACCUUGACAUUGAAAGACCAACCUACACCAACUUGAAUCGUCUGAUUGGUCAAAUUGUCUCCUCCAUCACUGCCUCUCUAAGAUUUGAUGGUGCCCUGAAUGUUGAUCUGACUGAGUUCCAGACCAACUUGGUGCCAUACCCACGUAUCCACUUCCCCCUGGCAACCUAUGCUCCAGUCAUCUCUGCUGAGAAGGCCUAUCACGAGCAGCUCUCAGUAGCUGAGAUCACCAACGCCUGUUUUGAGCCAGCCAACCAGAUGGUCAAGUGUGACCCACGUCAUGGCAAGUACAUGGCCUGCUGUAUGUUGUACAGAGGUGAUGUUGUCCCCAAGGAUGUCAAUGCAGCCAUUGCUACCAUCAAGACAAAGAGAACCAUCCAGUUUGUUGACUGGUGUCCAACUGGUUUCAAGGUUGGCAUCAACUACCAGCCACCAACUGUUGUACCUGGAGGUGACUUGGCCAAGGUCCAACGUGCUGUCUGCAUGUUGAGCAACACCACAGCCAUUGCUGAGGCCUGGGCCAGACUUGACCACAAGUUUGACCUUAUGUAUGCCAAGCGUGCUUUCGUCCACUGGUAUGUGGGUGAAGGCAUGGAGGAAGGUGAGUUCUCUGAGGCCCGUGAAGAUCUUGCUGCUCUGGAGAAGGACUAUGAAGAGGUUGGCGUUGAUUCAGUUGAAGGGGAAGGAGAAGAAGAGGGAGAGGAAUACUAAGUCCACCCAAGAAACUCUGUAUCAGUUAACAUAAUAUCAUGUUUUACCAGAAUUCUACCAAAGGCUAGUCAUCUUUGCUCUUCUUUCUAGCUGAUACCAGAUUUGCCAAACUUGAUAUUUUGUUGAAUAGAUGUAGAGUUGAUAAGGUAUAAGUGAAAUGCCAGCUUUUUACUCCAGUAAAAUAAACCCUACAUUUGCAGCUACUAAACUAAUAUAAAGGUACUGUGAUAAGAAAAGUUUCAACUCAUUUUGUUUUAUAAACAAUUUCAGCAGGUAACUUUUAGAAACAAGAUUUAAUGUACUCCUUGUCCAUUAUUUUGAGUAUUUACUUUUUAAUGCAUUUAUCUUGGCAUCAUUCCAUUCCAAAAUUUUUAUUUUUUGUAAGAAUUUUGACAUAGCAGCUGUAAUUUCAGAAUAUUGAUGUACUAUUUUUGUGACCAGUCUUUAAAUGAAUUUUGUAUUUAUUUUUUAAUAUUCAUUGGAGGAUUAAAGUUGCAAGUGUUGAA